AUGGUGCUUUUUUGCCCCCGGUCCUUUGCAUUUGCUCGAGAAAUAUUGCUUCCAGCUGCUAGCUGUUGUUUGCCGACUCAAAUAAUAUUCUGUGAUCUCGUGGUUGCUGCUCUGGCGCCGCUCACUAAUAAUUUUGCUUUGUUGUUUGCUACUGCUUCUUCAGCUUGUUGA